GCCGGCCAGGAGGAAUGACACUAACUCUAGCGGCUUGAUGGUGAAGUCGUCCAGCUUUCCAACAUAGCCUAUGCUCUCCAGAAGCUGGGCUAACUGACUGAAAGAGACUGCUCUCCGCCACAGCCGUCUCGGACUACAGUCGCGAAGGAGCAGGAGUGCAGGGACUGCGGACAGAAGGUGAUCUCAGUACUUUUAUCGCAUGCUCAUACAUCCCGAUGACUGAUGGCUCACAGCCUUUCGUACGCCACGGGGACUCUUCCAGUUCAAUGUACUCCCCUUUGGCCUCAAAAACACACCCAGCGAGCUCCAGCUCUACAUCAAACGCGUGCUUGGCCACACCUUGGGCGAUGAAGUCACAAUACACAUCAACAACAUCCUCAUUCACUCCUUGGACCGCGCACGGUGGGCAGCAGUCACACAACAAGUCAUCAUGCUUUUGAACAGCACACAAAUAAAGAUCAACACAGAGAAAUCCCAGUAUCUCGUCAGUUCCGUUGAUUCCUACAGUUACAUUUAUGGGCACGGCAGGAUACAGCCGAUCUGCAGAACCGAGACAGUCAACGACUGGCCUACCCCGAAGAAAAAAACACGUUCAGGCAAUUCUCGGGUUCGAGAACCAUUUUCGGGGCCACGCCUUGGGCCUUGCGUAUACGACGCAGCCCCUGUACGCCUUAACUUGGCCCUCCAGCCUUGGCAGUGGACGACGACAACCAGAACAGACCCCUGCGAAAUCACGACCGACGCGAGCCUCUUUGCUAAUAGCGCCAUCUUAUCACGAACGGUCAUCGUCACCACCAUCAUCUCCCGGUCGUUGACAAAAGAGGAAAGGAAUUACGACGCAGCUGGACGGGAGCUGCUUGGAGUUGUAUAUUCAUUAUAUAUUGUUACCCAAGUUGAUGCCCAACAGUCUCAGCUUCAGCAGGCCGCUUUUGGCAGUAACCCUCCAUUGAGCCUAGCCAUGCCUCGCUACAGCACAGCCUUGGAUAUCUACAAUCUUGAUUGGUCCGCUAGGCACUCAUUUAUGUAGCUCAGGCGCAACUUUACUUUAUCAUACUACAUAUAGGUCCACCUUUGUCAGAUUCACUUUGAGACAAAACAAUAGGCAAUCCGCGUUGGUUUCUGCGUGGACAGGAUGGAAGAAAUGCAUUCACUGUGCAGUGCAGAUAUAGCUUAAGGAAGACGGUUUAUAGUAGCAGACCUUCAGUGCGGAUAGAGACAAAGGUACGCCACCUUAAUUGUGGAAAGCUUUGGCAAGGCUGC